AUGGUCAAUCUAAUUUCAGCUACGCUCCCGGUUGCUUUUGCGGCCCUGGCCGCGGCCCGGUCGUGCCAGAAUCUCACUGUUGAAGUUUCGAUCACAUCCCGCAACGGCGUCUUCAAUGUCUCAACGCCAAAGACAAACAUUGAUGUCACAAACAUUAUGCUAGGCCUGGCACAGCAGGGCAACAACUUUUCAGCGAUCCACCUCACAGAUUACGCCACCGUCGGAGGCACAUACCAACUCGCCUCAACAUACUGCCAGCCGGAUGACGGUCCCGGCCACAUCCUUCAGAUUCUUACUCACGGCAUCGGCUUCGACAGGAGCUACUGGGACUUUCCCUUCAAUAAUUACAAUUACAGCUACGUCGGCCCCGCCGUCGACGACUACGGCUACUCGACCUUCUCCUGGGACCGCCUCGGCAUCGCGCAGUCCUCCCACGGCGAGCCCGUCAACGAGAUCCAGGGCUUCCUCGAGCUCGCCGCCCUCAAGGCCCUCACUGACAAGCUCCGCGCCGGCGCCGUGCCGGGCGUGCCCUGCACCUUUGAGAAAAUCGUCCACGUCGGCCACUCCUUUGGCUCGGUGCACUCGUACGCGCUGUCCGCCAUGUACCCGAACGCCUCGGAUGGCCUGGUACUGACGGGCUUCUCCGCCAACGCCACCUUCCUCCCUGACUUUUUGCUGGGUGGCGCGUUUAUCCAGGCCAACAAGGUUCCCGCGCUGAAAGACUACGUUGACGGGUACCUGGCGCCGGCGUACAAGGGCGGCGUGCACGUCAACUUUUUCGCGCCGGACAACUUUGACCCUGCUAUCCUGACGGCCGCGUACAAGACUGGGCAGCCGGUGACUGUCGGCGAGCUGCUCACGAUUGGCGGUGAGUCUAGCACGACGAGCAACUUCACGAAGCCUGUUCUUGUUAUCACGGGCGAACGUGAUAUCCCCUUCUGUGGCGGUGAUUGUCUUGCAACCGGUAACCCUGAGUUGCCCUCGAUCCCGGCCGGCGUCUCUCCGCUUAUCAAGAACGCAAGCUCCUUUGAGGCUUAUAUCGUCCCUGACGCUGGUCAUGGCUUGGCAUUUAGCUACUCUCACGUCGAGGUCACUGGCAAGAUUCAGGACUUCCUUGCGCAGAACGGCCUUGCCAACUAG